ACCGACGGCAGCAUCAUCAUCAGCAGCAGCAGCAGCACCAGCAGCACCAGCACCGCCACCUCCAUGGAGGUCGCGCGGUUGGCCGUCAGUAAAGCCCGGGACAGACUGCCGAUCGCGUGCACGGAGGGUGCGGGUCGUCCUUGGGGAUUGGUCUUCGGGAUCGGGUUUGGUCGGUCGGUUGGUUGAUUGUUCGGUUAUAGCAGAACGAUCGUAUGCGAUUCAUCCACCCCCACCUCGGAGUGUCCAUUUCUUGUUUUCCUCUCGAUGUCGCCGGGAAUUUUGUGAACCGUCUCGCGAGACGAACAACGUCGUCAUGAGAUCCGCACGAGAGUAGUGAAAGCUUGAGGAAGAGGGAGCACGAGAUGAAGACACCUCGUGGUUAGUGGUUGGUGCGAGGGUGCAGGUGGUGGAGUGAUGGACGAGUUUGUUCGCGAACCGAUCAGACGGACGGAGUUAACCUGCACGAGUGCCGUGUGAACUAAGCCAAAGUUGGGUCGUGGCAAUGAUCUGUCGUGUUCCUUUCGUUUCGUUUGCAACAAUGUGCUGGCUUUAUCCGAUCUCUCGAACUGGACCAAUGGGUGACACGGUGUCGUGCUGUCGGAUUUGCAACGCGGUCCGUUGAUUGAAGCCGGCUAUCCUGGCAUUCUCUGUGCUGAUCCUCGUGGAGUUUCAGAAAGUUUCAGACACGAAAAGUGCGGCCAAGACAGCUGCGCGACGAAGAAUAAAUCAACUAUCACCAUAAGAACAGAACUAAGGAAUUGAUUAAUAGAUAACGAUAUACCAUAAACGAUCCCAAGAACUGCCAGUAUCUUCGAGCCUGCAUAAAGUACUUGGAAACUAUUUCCCUCCGGGCUGUGCGAAGCAUAGUCAAAGCAGCUAGAACUCGCUAGAAACCCUGUAAGCCGUUGGUCACCUAAGGGCUGGCACUACGGUAUACAUCGAUACCCUCUUUGCCGAUGCUUCCCUUAAAAUUAUUCGCUGACGUCGAUUUCAGCUCGUCGUUCAUCGAACGAACGACGAACGGUACGAUAAACGAAGACGAGUUCCCGGAAACGCGGACACUCGUUCCUGUCCACGUACGUCCUCGAGGAUGGAACUGAGAGCUUUAAAGUCGAUCAGCGCGUUAGCACCGAUAUCUCGCGGGUUCACGGUGAACGGUUUAACGAUCGAGAACGGAGAAACGACGAAGAAGUGUGGCCUGUACGCGUAUUGGCAGCCGGUUAGGGAUAAAGUGUGCGGAGAGAUUAAGAAUCGGGAGGGCAGGCAGCUGGAAUAUCGGAAAUCGAAGGGUGCGGUGAAGAGAGAGAGAGUAUCUGGGAUAACGAUUGAAAGUUUGAAGAAGCGAGCGAGAUCAAAGGAGAGAAAAGCGACGGAAGGUUCGAAGGAAGAUACGGCGGAGAGGAAUAAGAGAGUAGGAAACAGUUUCGCGAGGAAAGAUCAAGGUGAAAGAAGAGAAGGAAUAGAAGUAGAAGAGGGAGGUCCUUUAGUAGGAGGGCCCCACAGAUGCGGGGCCCGGAGGGGCCAGUCCGCGGCGGCGUGACGCGAUGCGGACGUCCUCCUCCUCAUCUCCGAGGAAGAGGAAGAGGAAAAACCUCUCGCCUCUUUACCCUAUCGAAGGGUUACCACCCUUGGACAAUAGUUUCGAACGAUCGUUUAUCUUCCACGAUGCUCACGAGCGUCUCGACGCUGUCCGAUAUUCUACACCGGUCUACCAGCGGUGCCUUUGGCCGGAAACGAACGGUUACGAGAAACGGCGCGGCUCUAUCGAGAUCCGGGUUCAUUUAUCGGGAAACGAGAAUGUUUGUCAGAGGGAAAGGGGACCGUGCGGUAUCUGUGGUAACGAAAGUGCGAGCAGAAGAACAAGUGAAAGAUGUGAUGAAGAUCGAGGGGGAGAGGUUGUCGAACAACGCGUCGACAGAACAGACAGAUCGAAAAAGUGUUUGGCGACGAUCGUCGUGUUUCUCGGACUUUUGUGCGGACAUUGGUGCUCCGUCGGGGCGGAGGCUCUCGCGGGUAGCCAGAAGUACAGCACCAGGACGGUCAGGACGAGGUACGGAACUUUGCGGGGCGUCGAAGCCAGGUCGUCGACCUCCGUCGAGACUUACUAUGGUGUACCAUACGCCACGCCACCCGUUGGAGCGUUGCGAUACAUGCCACCGGUCACACCGACCCCGUGGCGCGGUACCAAACUGGCGGACACCAUGCCACCUGCGUGCCCCCAAAAACCACCGGAACCGGAUUCCAGUCAGCCACGGAUCAGACGCGCUUACCUCGAGAGGCUAGCGCCGUUGCUGGCCAACCAGAGCGAAGACUGCCUAUAUUUGAACCUCUUUGUGCCCAAACCCCCUCAUGGUAGUACCCCAGACUUGUUACCAGCUCUUCUUCUUAUUCAUGGUGAUUCCUAUUCGUGGGGUGCUGGAAAUUCUUUUGAUGGGACUGCAUUGGCUGCUUAUGGACGCCUUAUCGUCGUUUCGAUUAAUUUUCGUCUCGGUGUACUCGGCUUUCUUAAAACUGGCCCAAAGGGGAGCGCGCAAGGAAAUUAUGGGUUGAUGGAUUUGGUGGCAGGACUUCACUGGUUGCACGAAAACCUUGGUGCUUUUGGCGGCGAUCCUGAUCGAUUGACGCUCUUUGGCCAUGGAACCGGAGCUGCGCUCGCCAAUUUUUUAGCCGUUUCACCCAUGGCGAAAGAGCUAGUCGAGAGGGUGGUUUUACUUGGCGGUUCGGCUCUGUCACCCUGGGCCAUACAGCGUGAUCCUUUAAUGGUAAAACGUCUUGUCGCUGAUCAGACCGGAUGUCCCGGUGACGUUGAGGCUGACGAUAUCGCACCGUGCCUUCGUUUGCGGAAUUUAGAAGAGCUUCUCGCCGUGCAGUUGCAACCGCCGAGAUUCACUUCUGGAUUUGCUCCUUUCGUCGAUGGAGCGGUUAUGCCACCACCGAUCAAUCAGAAUUUCCAGCCCACUGCCUCGUCGUCGGGACUGAUGCCCUUGAUGCCUGGACCUGGCACCGAGUUCGCCAAUUUCGCCGAUCGGGAUUUGCUGCUCGGUUUAACGUCCGAGGAAGCUUGGGUUAAUCUCACCGACGAAGAUUUAAUGAACGGCUUAAACGAGACGAGGAGGGAUCGUAUUCUGCGGACCUACGUGCGAAACACCUAUCGUUACCACCUUCACGAGAUCUACUCGACCCUCCGUAAUGAGUACACAGAUUGGGAGAGAGGCGAACAGAGUCCAUUGGCGAUCUGCGAGGGUCUUCUGUCUCUCCUCGGGGACGGUCAAGUUGCCGCGCCUCUUUUAAGGCUGGCACUGCUGCACUCAGCCUCCGGGGGACGUGGUUAUUUCCUGCAUUUCCAGCUUGGCGAUCGACCAAGCCAGAGGGGCGAGGAGGUACCUUAUCUCUUGGGGAUACCUCUUCUUCGUGGAGAGGUCGUGUCCGUUUUGUUCGCCCCGACCAAUUACACUCUGGUCGAUGAGAACCUGUCUAAACUACUGGUCCACUACUUGGCGAACUUCGUGAGACGCGGGGAUCCGAACGGCGUCAGCCCGUUGACAUCGGGAUCCGAUGGGCUACCGAACAGUCCGCCGUUCUGGGAUUCGUACGAUUCAAUAAAUCAGUUGUACCUGGAGGCUGGUCGUAGUACGGAAAUGCGGUCGCAUUACAGGGGCCACAAGAUGUCCCUGUGGCUGAAUCUGUUACCGCAGCUACAUCGACCCGGCUACGAGAUCAGCAUGCGUCACCAUCACCUGGCCGAAAGUCCCAGCCUCUACGAAGGCGCGGUACGUCCGCAGACCAUGGCGCUUCCGCUACCAGCGCCCCCGCUUCCGGUGCCAUCGCCCACCGAGCCGUCGUCAGUAUCGAGCGCGAUAUCGACCACCGAGUGCACACCGAACGCAACUGUUGCCACGACACUGGCGACUACCACGAGGACGAUGCAGCACUCGAACCUGGGCCCAGGACCCAAUAACCUCCUUAGGAAAUUAGCGUCCAGUCAUUAUCAGAGCUACACCACGGCUUUGACGGUCACCAUAGCCGUCGGCGUGUUUCUGUUGCUACUGAACAUCCUCAUUUUCGCGGGGAUUUAUCAUCAGAGAGACAGAAACGCCACGAACGCUGCUGGAGGAUUAUCAUCCGCUUUCGGGGAUAAGAAGAAAGAGGAAUUAUUGGAAGCUGGAUGUUCCGGGAUCGAGAUGUCCUCCGGAAAACAAAGACUACCAUCGUUGAACCUGAUGGACUCGCCCUCUUCGAGUCCACCGGCUCACAAAACGAAACUGGCCCAAGAGCUCGAGCUACAAUUGCAAGAGUUUCAGUGUUCACCACCUCCCGGUGGAGGCAAGAGGAUACUCGAGCCACCGUUGUACAGUAGAAGUCCCUGUGUCCAAAGAACCCGCACACCGUCGCCCUGCGUCGACGCGACCACCGCAAGGAUGGACGACGACGACGAAGACGGGGACAGCAGCAGCGACGAUAACGACGACGAGAAUCUCCCGGACCCCCCGCCGCCACCCAAGGCUCCGGCGCCCAACGUGGGUUUGUCUUGUCCAGGUAUUCUUCGACAACCCGGGACACCCGGCAGUGCCAAGAAACGUGUUCAAAUCCAGGAGAUCUCUGUUUGAAAAUGUUUCCACCCACACACACACACACACACACAUCCACACCAAGUUUAUUUACUUCGAUCAGCGCUACUGCUGGCAGUGCGCGGUUCGAAUGCUUCAAUCUCUCGAUUUGGAUCAGGAAUUAGAAUUCAGCCAGUUGUUAAGAACGUCAUGCCAUGGAUUUGAGAAGUUUUUAAGAAAGAUGCCUGUGGAUCUAGAAAUGCGUUCAAAGGGCAAUCGAUAAACAAGAAGAAGAAAACAGUAUUAUUCAGAGAAGAAAGUCUGUGCUUAUGGUUUAUUAGAAUCUUGUCCGGAGAAGAAAAUUCAUCAUCGAAGAUUUACUCUAUUUAGUAGCCAUAGAAGAGCCGGGGAUCACUGUCAACUACGUAAAAUUAAAAACAGAAAAUUAUUGAAAUCUGUGCACAAAUCGAUGGCCUUAAUGAAAUUUGGUGCUCGAAGACACAGUAGGUGGGUACAUACACGAAAUCCGAGUGCAAAUAUUUUACAGUGUAAUCCUACAGGAAGAUCCCUAGGGACGAGCCCGAGGAGCGAGUAUCUCCUAUUCGAAAGAAAUUUUUUCGCCCACGAUUUUAUUGAUUGUUAAUCGCGUGGAAGUGUUUGAUACGUUCGAAGUUAUCGUGAAGACAGACACCGAUUAAAGCCCUUAGCUUGCUUGCUCGAGUUCUUCGGGAUUAACAAUAUCGAGAGGAUCUUGAGUCGGGCAUUCGAUAAGAAAAGAAAAACACGAGUCUUAAAGAACCAUCGACUCUUUUAUCUUCCUUCGAGGGUUCAGGAUAGAAAGGCGAAGUUCGCUGCAGGUCGUUGCGACGCUCGACGCCGUGAAACGAGGGGAUUGAUAUAAUCUCAGGAACCCAAAAAACCGAAAAAAAAAGAAGCAACGCACGGAGGUGGCUUCCGGGCUUCCUUUAUCCGAAUUUUUCGGCGCACUAAGUGGAAUUAUUCGAGGAAUUGGAAGGUCUGACCUUGACUUCUCGUGCUGUGACAGGAAGUCGAACGGGAAAAUUGGACCUGAUCAAGCGAAACUGCAGGUUAAGCAAGAAGGGAGCCUGUUAGCUAAUGAAUUGGUGAAUCUGAAGUUCUCGUCAGUGUAAUCGCGUGUGUAUUUAGUUCCGUGCGCGAGUGCGUGUGAGAGGGAGAGAGAGAUCGAAUCUGAGAAUGUCUGUGUGAGACAGAGAAAGAGCGAGCGAACGAGAUAAAUGAUAGAAACGUCAAGUGGGCUUGCAAGAGAGUGGACAAUAUUAAAUUGUAAAUUAUGCUCGAUGCGAGGACGUAGAACGUGGAGAACGUUCUUCGAGGAUGCUUACAAGGACGACGCAGCUGGGUGAGUUUCUACUAUUUAUUCUUUAUUUUAAUUUAUUCAUUUUAGUGACAGUUUAUCUAUAAUUGAAAAUGAGAUUUAACCAUAUCGUGAUAAAAAUAAAAUCGAAACUGGGCAAACAGUAUUUCCUCACUGCCAACAACUCGCCACUUCUAAAUUGAAUGCAGACCAGAAAGCUGGUGACGGAAAAUUGAAUUACAAAAGUAGUUCUUGAACACAAAUGGAAUUUCCAAUCGGUAAUUUCGAGGGCGUAUUUACGAGGAUUGUUCCUCACUGUUCCCCAGCUCUCUCGAACAAUUAGCCUUGAUUACGUUUCGCUGAAUGCAGAAACAAGGUUAGUCGUUUAUCAAGUGGAUAACAAACACGCGCAAUAACUGACUGAGGGAUUAUUAACUUUCGAAUGAAAUAGAGUGAAUUUUUAAUAAAUACGCUAACCGAACUCGCACGAAAAGCAAAUUAAAUUGCAGUGUUAAUAUUUAUUAUCAAAACGAUACGAAAGAUAUAUUGUUUCAUCAUAUUUCAUUUUAUAGAAAAAAGAAAAAUUCUCUACGAUACCGAGUGUGAUAAUUUAUGGUUGAGAAUUUCUACUCCCUGCUAGUAGUACAAGUAAACGAUAAACGCCAAGCACUGAGACUUUUACAACUUCCUGUACUAUUUCUUCACGUUUCCUUCUUUUACUGUGGUAUGGUUGUAGAAAUAGCUACAACUACAGAGAGAAGUAACUGUUGACAAAGGCAAUGGGGAAAGUCGAGACACAAUUAAAGGAAAAGGUGCGUCGUUGUAAGCAUCCGGGGAAGUCUGAGCGUUAAGGAAGAGCGAAUGGAAGAAGUGGUUGCGCGAGGGGCCAGCCGUAAGUAAAAUCUAACUACUAAUUUAGUUUAGUUCGAGGAGCGCUCGCCAUUGUAAAAGAAAUCGUGCGUUCUGUAUGAAGGGGUUGAUUCUAUUGAAACGUUUAUCGAGCCGCGGCAUGGCUUGAAUUUUGAAAGAAAGAAAAAUAAAUGAUGUAUGUUCGUGAGAGAGAAAGAGUGAAAGACAAAUUUGCAAGUGUUCUGUCGUUAAUAACUCGUCGACGAAUCGACGAGUCCUCGAAUCGUUCGAUCGGUUUCCAUUUCAUUCAAUUCUCGCGAUGAUCCGACUCGAACGAUACGCGGACUUGAAAUAAUUGCGAAUUUUAGGAUUCUCGAUGAAUUAACGCGUACCACAUCGACGUUAUCGGCGUCAUUUCCACACAAAAUUAGGCGGAAACAUGUACACAAAUACGAUAAGGACAUUGCAUACAGACAAACACGUACACUUACACGAUUAUCAAUGUUUGGAAUGUUGGAAUUUGUUUAAAUAAAUA